UGCCAACUCGUCCUUGCCUGGGAAUCUCUGCUCUCGUCCCGCUGGUUAACCGUGUGCACACACCUCUGUCUACAUGCCUGCGUGCAGCGUGACAGGCGCUUUUUGCACACGGUCCGCUGUCCCCAGAACGCAAUAAAAGCGCCGCCCAUUCUGUGGAAGCCACAACACUGACUCAACUGAGAUCCGAGACACACAACCUUCACACGAAGACAAGCGAAAUCUACUGAAAAAUGGAUCCUUGCGACUGCGCCAAGAGUGGAACCUGCAACUGCGGAGGCUCCUGCACUUGCACAAACUGCACCUGCACCACCUGCAAAAAGAGCUGCUGCCCAUGCUGCCCAACCGGCUGCACCAAAUGUGCCUCUGGAUGUGUUUGCAAAGGGAAAACUUGUGACACCGCCUGCUGCCAGUGAGGGUCCUGUGACAUCAGACCUGUUCUGCCCUUACUGUGAUUGAGCCGGUGUGCACUGCUUUUGCAUUAAUUGCAGCUGCAAGUGUUUGCUGAGAAAUGAUUCAUUUUGUACCGUCUUCAAUGUUGAAAUAAAUGUGGUUCCUAU